AUGGAGACACCAACCGCUCACCCCCGGCCCAACACCAUGGCCAGCGCAAUAGAAAGCCUCUUGGCCCAGCUGGACCCUGAAAUUCAAGACGCAGAAGAAGGCACGCCAAUUUACUCGGCCGCCUGCCUGCAAAAGACACCUUUGAGAGAGGGGAACACCAUUUUUUCUCACACAAGGAGGUACAUCCACACAGAAGUCUUCCUCCUCUUCUCCCAAUCCCGGCCCCAGGCCCAGAACCUCGGCUUCGUCGACCCACGCGCCACCACCCUUGAGCUCACUAUCAACGGCCGCGACCUGGCCGUCACCCAGUCCCCCGCCGUCCUGUCCUCCAACCGCGCCGGCGGUACCACUGGCGCUGUCGUCUGGAAGGUCACACCGCUCUUCGCCUCGUGGCUAUCUUCCGGCGCUGGCAGCAGCGGCAGCAGCAGCAACAGCAGCAGCAACGUCCUCGCCCGCGCCGGCCUCCUCACCUCCGCCUCCACCAUCCUCGAGCUCGGCUGCGGCGUCUCCGCCCUUGUCGGACUCGCUACUGCUCCGCUGGUGCGGCGCUAUAUACUCACGGACCAGCAGUACGUCGCGCGCUUCGUCGAGCAGAACAUAGAGCAGAACCGCAGGUCGCUGCCAACCCGCGCCGCAGGUGACAACCUCACCUUUCAUGCGCUCGACUGGGAGCUCGACACGCCGACGCCGGCCCUCUGCGUGCCAGACCUCGUCGUAGCCUGCGACUGCAUCUACAACGAGGCCCUCAUUACCCCCUUUGUGCAGACCUGUGCUGAUGCGUGCCGGCUCCGGUCCUCGGAGAACGAGCGUGGUGGUGGCGGCGGCGGCGGCAGCGGCACGGAUCGCAAUGUGGUGGAGAGACGGCCUUGCGUGUGUGUCGUCGCACAGCAGCUGCGCGAUCCAGACGUCUUCGAGGGCUGGCUCAAGGAGUCUAUGAGGAAGGGGUUCCGUGUGUGGCGGGUGCCAGAUGCAGAGCUGCCUGAGGGGCUGAGGACUAGCUCUGGGUUUGUCGUGCAUAUUGGGAUACUCAGCGAGGAGGCUUGA